AUGCUGCGCAGCACUUUACGGCGGCUGACGAAGCCAAACGUGGUGGUGCUAGGCACGGGAUGGGCUGGCUGCUACGCUGCUCACCACAUUGACCCCAACUUGUGCAACAUCCACGUCAUCUCAACUCGCAACCACAUGGUCUUCACCCCGCUGCUGCCGCAGACGACGACUGGCACGCUUGAGUUCCGCUCCGUAUGUGAGCCCAUCACGAACAUCCAACCUGCUCUUGCAAAGCUGCCGCACCGCUUCCUUCGAAGCGUCAUCUACGACGUGGAUUUCGACGAGAAGCAGGUGAAGUGUGUCGGCGUCGGCGUUGUUGGCGGCUCGGAGAAUGUGCCGGUGAACACAUUUAGCGUCCCGUACGACUACCUCAUCAUGGCUUACGGUGCCCGCCCCAACACGUUCAACAUCCCUGGCGUGGAGGAGAAAGCGUUCUUCCUGCGUGAGGUGAACGAGGCCCGCGGCAUCCGCAAGCGCCUCGUGCAGAACAUCAUGACCGCUAAUCUUCCAACCACCUCGAUCGCGGAGGCGAAGCGGCUGCUGCACACGGUGGUCGUGGGUGGCGGUCCAACAGGUAUCGAGUUUGCCGCCAACCUCGCCGAGUUCUUCCGGGAAGACAUCAAGAACGUCAACACCUCACUGCUGCCGUACUGUAAGGUGACCGUGCUGGAGGCGGGUGAGGUGCUCGGAUCCUUUGAUACCGCGCUGCGGCGAUACGGCCAGCUCCGGCUGAACCAGCUGGGUGUCGAAAUUCGCAAGACAGCCGUAGUGGGUGUGACAGAUGAGGAAGUGUUCACCAAGUCAGGCGAGGUGCUCCCGACGGGGUUGGUGGUGUGGAGCACCGGUGUCGGCUCGUGUCCGGUCACGAAGGCCCUGAAUUGCGACAAGACGAAUCGCGGACGCAUCUCCAUCGAUGACCACUUGCGCGUUCUGCGCGAUGGCAAGCCGAUUCUGAACGUGUUUGCCGCUGGCGACUGCGCGGCCAGCAACGAGAGACCGCUGCCGACGCUGGCCGCCGUCGCCUCCCGCCAAGGCCGCUACAUUGGGAAGGAGAUGAACAAUCUGCUCAAGGGAAAGCAGAUGAGCAAACCGUUUGCGUACCGCAGUCUGGGUAGCAUGGCCUCCAUCGGCAACCGCUCCGCCAUCGUCUCGCUCGGCAACAAGUUUAAGUUUGACCUGAACGGCUUUACGGCGCUGUGGGUGUGGAAAAGCGCCUACCUCACGAUUCUCGGCUCGAUCCGCAGCAAGCUCUACGUAAUCGUGAAUUGGGCCGGCAGCCAGAUCUUCGGCCGCGAUAUCACGUACAUUGGCGACCUUGCUGAGGACCGCAUGUACUCGGCCCUGGCAGUGGAGGAAGUGUCGAAGGAGAUGAGUCGCAAGGCUCCUGAGAUGCUGCACGCUGUGAAUCCAGAGAGCAUCUAUACCCCUGCCGUCGAGAAAGAGGGUGCUAACAAGAGAUUCCUACCUCGAAAGCCUGGAGAGUCGACGCCACUGGCCCCGCAUGGACAAGCCAUGGAGGGCUCCCAGGAGGCUCACGCAGCACCCGCUGCCACGUCGACCGAACCAAAAAUGUAG